GUGACCUUCACAUGGGGGUUUUCCCAACAUGGCAGCUCAUUCUGGCAUGUCCGUUGUUAUUUCCUGAAUUUCUGCGCAUAAUGUUUUCAUAAACGUUCAAGACAUGGGACCACAAUAGAUGGAAUCGCCCUAAAAAAGAUUACAAAGAAGGCAAUGGUAUACUACCCCAUACAAAAGACGCAUAAAACAGAAUAGAGACAUUUAAGCACGCUAUGGAUGAAGAAAUGGACUUUGAACAAGGCUAUUAUCCAGAUCCCAAUAUAUAUGAUGAGUCUAUUCCACCUUCAACAUCAAGUGAUGAUGAUGAUGAUGAAGAGGAGGAGGAAGAAAAUAGUGAUGGUAAAAGCAUCCACCAUAAUGUGUAUUCAAGAACUGAUGGUAGUGGUGAUGCCUACCAUAGAUUUCACCACACGCAUUCCCUAGCUUCAUGCUCAGAAGAGGAUGCAAAUAAGUCUUCUAAAGAACUAAGUGAUCCUGGUCCUUUCCGCUACAAUAAACGGGUAUUUGUCACAUCACUGCCAUGCCUGCUGCUUCUCCUCAUUGUGGGUGGCGAGACUUUUUUGCUGAUUGUGACCUUGGGAACUAUGCUGGUGGUGAUGAUGGCCCAUAUUGGAGAAAACGUUAGUAAAAGAUGCGUCAUGGUCUUUAUUCUUCUGUUCAUACCAUGCCAUAUUCUGAUUGUAGCAACAGUCUUUCCACUAGUCUGGCUGUCCAUCUGGAAUAUUAUUUUGGUAGGCUUGGUUAAUACUUUUAUGAUUCUUACUGGAGGUUGGAUCAUCAUUCAGUUUUCAGGCUUUAGAAAGGAGGAACCUGGCAUGUGUGCUACAAUUGAACAGCUGCUAUUUUCAAUCUACCCAUUGGUAUGCUCAGCCAUAAUUACCUGGAUUCUGUCAUCCGUAACACCCCCAGCCUUGAUUGCCUUUGCCUUUGUGUCUAUUUGGUUUGUUUGCUUGCAGUUGUAUUUGCUACCAGUGGUUUCCUCCUUUAAGCAGACAGAGACAGCUGAUGAAGAUAUGAAUGUGCUACAGAUUCCUUUUGUUAUUUGCAUUGUUGUCGCCUUCAUCUUCAGUGGACCAAUACUACACAUUGUGGUCACACUAUUUAGCGUUGUGUCUCCUGGUCUUUUUAGUGCAUCCUCACUGGUUCAGUUUUUUUUGCUAGGAUUUCUGGGCAUAUUCCUUUCCACUCUGCUGAACUUGCGUCAGAUUUGUGACCAUUUAGGUUGUUCCCAUAUGGUGAUAGUACGAGCACGAUGGUUGGGAGGGGCUGGUGUGACACUCCUUUGCUACCCAGUUCUACAAAUGCUCGGGUCUGUGUCACACUUUCUUCCUUGGCUUCCUGUGGCAAUUGUAGCAUUCUCAGCCCUUGGUCUCACCCUUGCCUACAAGAAGAGUAAGAUGCUGACACUUCUGUUGAUAAUGGGAUUGGUGUUGCUGCUGUGUCUGUGGCUGUCACAUCUACCAUGGGGCAUUUCUUAUAACUUUUUAAGUGUUAUCUCCAUCCAGAGUUUUUAUGGGUUUGUUGCCAUCAACUUUUUACUGUGUUUACUCAUCAUCUUUUGCUCCUGGCAUGGCUCCAAAGAAAUUCUGGGUCUGCUCAUAGUUUUGCAAUCUGUAGGCAUCACAACCUGCGAAAUAGCCUUGUACAGAGCUGAGCUGUAUUCAGGCUUGACUUUCAACUUGACUGGUGUGCUAGCAGCAUAUACCCUUUAUCGUCUGUAUGUGGCCGAGAAACUGACACGAAAUUGUGCAACCAUAGCAUCAGCAUUGCACCUGACGAAAACUGCAAGCAGCACUUUCAGCUACUUGGUAAUGAAAGGCACACGGGAUGCCCACGGGAUGGAGGUCUCUCUAGGGGACAUGCUGACACUCAUGUUGCUGGUGGGAAUGCUAGUCUGGCUUUUUGUUUAUGAGGCCAAGGAUGUGACAAGUGCAUGGCAGGCUGUACGGCACCUGUCAGCACUGUUGCUGUGCCUCGCCAUCAGUGGUCAGUCCUUCCUGUUGCCUGUUGGCCGAUUAUUGUUACAAAAAGAACCCACCAUUUCUGAUUUAGUUGCACUCUGGUAUGGAUGUGGCGGUGUGUUUGUACUGCUGUAUGCAUUACAACACAGCCAGACUAGCAGUAUUCUGGAAGAGCUAUUGAAGCUGUCAGCAGUGUUGAUUGGUGUAGCAGUGGUUGUCAUGGUUCUGCAACCACAAUUCCUUCUCUGUUGCUUGACACAGAUACUCGUCUCAGCAAGCAUAUUAGGCAUUUGUCCAGGCAUUCGCUUAACUUUGAUGUUUUACGGGGAGGAUGCAACUAUUCCAAUGUUUGUGCUCCUUACAGCCAUUUCUUUUAUUCUCCUGGCACUGACUUUCAUCACAGUCAAGGUGCAAGAAGUAUCAGACUACACUGAAACCUUUCUUAAAAUUGGGACAGGAUCAGUUCUGGUGCUGCUGACAGCUCUCAUCGGAUACAACAUCUUUAUCAUGGACCAGGGCACCAGACUUCGAGCUCUUCCUGCUUGGAGGAUUAGUCUGGGGGCCAUGUUGUGCAUCUCUGUAUCUUUGAAGAUACUUGCUGUGAGACUUGGUCCUGGUCACCUGCCUCUCACCAAGAAAGAAGACCACAGUUUGCCAUUGAUUCCUGUAAUUGGCAACUUGGCCACUGCUGCAUCUUUCCUUUUUGCUUGCACACAGGGACCAGAGGAUGGCCUGCUGCAUGAUAUGUGGUGCUGUGCUGCCUCCUUGGUACUGAUCUGCCUGCAGCGUGAUGCCAUCGUCCUCUCCAACCUGUCCUCGACUAAUAAAGCCACACCAAUCAUCGUAACAUCAAUUGCGACCCUUGUUGUUUCCACUCUUCUGCGAUGCCGUUUGUGGGCAUUCCGUGACUUUUCCACCAUCUUUCUAGGGAUCUUGGAAAUGCUUGCAGUUCUAUUGUCCCUCCCUGUCUAUGUUGUGCUUGCAGGCAUCUUGUGGUUGGAUGAGGUCUGGUCUGAGAAAGCUGUGGUCUUCACCUUGCCCAUGAAUGCACUUGUAUUUUUGCUGGGGAGUUCAUUCACAGCUUGGGCGCUGGCUGGGGCUGGGAUGAUUUCUGGAGUUGGCAUGAUGAUGUAUCGCCUACCACUCGUUCCUUUUGUUCCAGAUGAUAUGCAGAGAUGACACUGCAGAAACAUCUACCUUUCUGUGGCAGAAACUUUACAAUCUAGGUGUGAUUAGAUAUUCGUAGCAAAUGUGCAAAAAAAAAAAAAAAAAUUAACAGGGUUUGGAGUUUUCCCAGUACUUGAGGUUGCUGGUCAGUACAUGUCAAGUAGUGUGUGCACAUUUCUCUGACUCCUACACUAUCCUUGCUUCUCUGGAUGUUGAAGAAACUUAUUGGUGUUGGCAAACUUUACCUUUGCUGAUAGCCAAACUUUGAAAAGGGACCGAGAAGAAAUUACAGCCACUACCUUUUAUAGACUGUUUCUGUAUAACAUGAAAACAGUGGCAACUUACUGAAACUUUUAAACAACUUGACAUUAAACAAGUAGAGAUGAUGGUUGUUGUCCAUAAGCACAUGUCUCACCUAGUGUGUUGACAGAUUUAUUGUGUGAGCAGUUCUCUUUUCUGUGGGUUAUUGUCAUUGAGCAAGCCAGAUGAGUUUUUGUGUCUGUUCAUAUUUGAUCUCAUUUCAUGAAGCAUGGGUUAUGUUACUGUGACCGAUCCAGACUUGUGGUGUAUCAAAGCCAGUUUAUUAUUAAAGAAAAGCAUGCUGUUAUUGUAUUAAAUCCACUUUCAUGAAAAAAUCCUCCUGCAUCCCCUGUAUUUGUGCAUGAUGGCUUAUUUGAAAGUCCUCCACUGCACUUAGAUUGUGUUGCCGCUGCAGAAUACCAUUAGCUGCGCUUUAUUUCACAGAAGGUACUACAUUAAUGGUAAAUUAUCAAAAUUGUUGUUAGCUGCUACACGUCUGAGUGUAACAUAUUUAAGAGGUCAGUAGAGGUGUUGUGCUUGAGCGUUAAUGGCAGUUAAUGGGUGAUGUAAUUUUUUGAAAAAUGGUUUUUUAUUCGGUACAUGUGCACUAUAAUUUUUACACUGGUUUUCCAAAAGAAAAAAAAAACAGGUUAUACAGUUAUAACAUCAAAACUCAUUUGCUUUUGUGUUGUGGCAUGAUUUUAGCUGUUCUGAUGUUUCAAAAACUUUGCACCUCCAUAUCCCACAGUAGUUGUGAACAGGUCAGCAUCAACAUAUACAAAUGUGUAAACAAAAAAAAAAAAAACUCCUUUCUAGAGGACUUCUACAAGAACAUAUUUCCCCCUGCUACCUGAAGGUGAUAACAAAAAACAUUUAGGGCCUUAACUCCUGGAUUGGGACAUGAAAAGUCUUUCUUUUGAGUUGAAGGGAUCAUGACUGUCAGACCAAGUUUAUCUAUAGUUGUUGUGACUCCCUGAGACCACAACUCUAUAUCUGUGUAGUGGGCAGAGCUGCAGGACAUGCUUAGGGGUCUGUGGGCAGGUGGAAGAUUAUGGUCUCUUAGUGGCAUUUAAGACCAGGCAUCAAGUUGUCUGAUAGCAGGUUGUGUUCACUUGAUCACUGGCCCUUAAAGUGAUUUUUGAAGUGGCUGCUUUGCCGUAAUAUAGCUUUAGUUGGUGCUUGGUGUAAAACACCAGUUUUCCCUUUCUCCUUGAAGUGGUCCUUUGCUUUAGGGGAUUGCCUGCUUUGACUGCUUCAGAUGGCUGCCAGACAUGGCAAGUUUUUUUGCCUCCUGACAAGCCACAAUAUGCCUGUAGUCACCCCAAUGUGCUGAGAGAGUGUUCAAGAAGUGCUGUGUGUCUCAUUCCAGCUGCCCACUGGGGGACAGCAAGCUCUGGAUGAUGGAUCUGCAGUCAGGAAGACAACAGGCAGAUGGUUGUCUUCAGUCCUGAGAAAUCUGGCAGUUUCCCAUAGAUCAGUGAUAGUUGGAUGAUAGAGAUCCAGCAGGUAACAACCCUAAGGUGCUGCAUCUAAAGUUCAUAAGUGCAUUAAAGUUCUAAUACAGCAUUUCCAGGGUGAGAGAUAGAGAAGCAAGUUUUGAUGGUCUUUUUUUUUUUCUUUGGUUGACCCUGGAACUUCUGUACAGUAGCGGAUAUCCUGGAGCUGGGUGCCCCAUUGCAACAUCCUGAAGGGAAUAUCAGUCAUCUAGAGUAUUUGCAAUAACUCUUAGGUUCCUUAAGGCUUUCAAAAUGCUUAGUUCACUGACUUCUCCUAUUCUAACCCUGACCAUUUUGUGUAACAGUGACAAAAGUCGGAUCCAUUCUUUUAUAUAUAUGUUUAGUGUAAUAGUAUGAGUAUUUUGGUGACAAAAAUGUCUACGUUUAUAAGCAUUUUCCCCCAGAAAUUUCUUGAAUUGUGGACUUAAGUUUUAUUCUCUGUCAGCUCAUAUCAUUUAUCAUGAGACAGGUCAUUCCUAGCAAGUUUUCCAAAUAUUCUGAGGAUAACAGAUCCUUUAGUCACAGCAUGAACUUGUGGUUACAGUAUAUAAAAUGGGCUGAAACUGUCUCAAGAAAUUACGUUAGCAAAUACGUUAACAUUCUCUUUUGGUAAUCUGUGAGGAGCUAAUAUGGGCAAAGCACAGUUGUAUUACAAUGAAAACAGACAAAAUCAUAACAGUGGCGACUAUAAUUGUUAUAAGUGUUGUGAUCUUGGCAGUUUUGUUCUUACGUGUAUUGUUUUAGUGCAGAAUAAAAAAAACAAACAUGGAA